GCUGUAAUAAAGAAUUAUUAUUAAUAAUUACUUUAUAACACUAUAUAAUUUAUGAUCCUAAAAAAAUAUAAUUUAUAAAUAAAAAUGUUUAGUGACAAAUGAGUCAUGUGAUAUGAAAAAGUAGUGUACCCAACCUUAUAAUUAUGUUGCUCUGGUUCCAUUGAUGCUAGUUUAUUAUAUAAAAAAGUAAAACAGUAUGUAUGUAUUGAAAUAAUAAAAUAUAUAAACCCACAAGAAGAGGGGUAUAAAUAGCUAUAAAUCGGUAGGUGUUGUUUUAAUCAAUAUGUCAAUUGUGACAUUUCGCAACAUGGCGGGCAUUAGUUCAAAUUUUUGCCACGUUCAUUAUGAUUCUUGUCGACCUAUAUAUUCGAAGUUCUAUUAGUAUUCACUAAUUUAUUAACCCACAUCACUACCCGUUUGUCAGUUGUAAUUCAGCAGUCAACAUAGUUCAAUACAAGUUCAAUCAGUCAAAUAAAAUAGGCUUACUUCUGCUUAGUGCUGUCGUUGUGGUAUAGAAAGGAGUCGUCACCUAAAUUUUUUUGUGCAAACAGAAUGCAAGUCAGUUUUGUUAAAUCUGCGCUUAAUUAUACAUUUUUAAACUUUAGCCAUUAUCCAACAAUUGUUGUAUAAAAUAUAGGUAUUCGUUAUGUCGGACUUAAGCAACAAUAUUCCUGAGACAAAAAAGCCACAAAAAGAAUCCUCCACGUUGCGACAAUCUCUUCAUUCAGCAAGUGAAUGUAAUCACAAUCCACAGGGCAAUAACCUAGGCACAGCUUCAAACAGUGAACAAGAAGACCCUGACUCAAAAUUAUAUACAAUGGUGUUUACAAAUUCGUCUCUGAAUGAUAUAUCAACUGAAUGUCAGAGUUUAAACAUAAAAAACGACACUGAAGGCGACCCUAAAAAAAUAUCAGUUUCUCUCAAGAAGAAUGCGAAAAGAAAAGAAAGGCUUAAACAAUUAAAAAUACCUCCACCUCAGAAUUCAAAAAUUGUGCAAUCUCAAAUACCAGAACAACACAUGGUGGGACAACAAGCCAAUAUUACACCACAACCUACCGUGCAUGAUUUCUUUUUGAAUCAAGUAAAUCCACAAUAUGUAAGUUCUAGUUCACGGUAUCUAGAAAAUCUUUGCCACCAUCCACAAUUUCAAUAUUCAGCAAAUACGCAACAAUUAAUGCAAGAAUCAUUGCAUCAUGCUUUGCAAGCAUCUAGUGUUCCUGUAACGCCUAUUGUAUUCCCAACACAAAAUCCGUACAAUAUGAAUAUACCAAUUUCACCUAUUGUGCAAUCAGAACCAAAUACACCAAGGUAUGUUGAAAAUGCACUCAAACAUCCUUUGUUAAGCCAUUCUAUGAUUGUACAUCAUAAGGAAAAUUUUAAACAUGUGCAAAACAAUUUCAAACAAUUUGCAGGAUCAGUUACAAAUAAUUCCCCAAAAGGAAAACAAAAAGCUAAAAAGAAAGAUAAUAAUGGUGAUAAUAAAUUUGAGCCCUAUAUAUCUGCAGAUAGUUUUGAAUCAGGUCUAAAAAAUAAUACAUUGCUUGAAGGUGUUUUACGAAUAAAUCCAAAGCAAUUUCAACACUCAUAUGUAUCGAGUAGUAAUGAUCGCAGUGAACAAGAUGUCCUUAUAGAUGGUGUGAAACAUAGAAACCGUGCACUUGAAGGAGAUGUGGUCAUAGUUCAACUUAUUGACAAUGAGAAUGAUAAAAGUAAUGACGACCCUAAGCAAAAAAGGGGGAAAGUAGUAUACAUAAAAGAAAAAGUACAUCCGAGAACAUGUAUUGGGACCUUAAAACUUAUGGCAGACAAAAACAGACAGAAAGCUCUAUUUGUUCCUCGUGACCAUAGAGUACCAAGACUUAAUAUACCAUUUACUAGUUGGCCAGACAACUUUUACUAUGAUUCAAAAAGUUAUGAGAACACAAUGUUUUUAGCAAGAAUAUUAGAUUGGACAGAUGUCAGGUUUGCAGUUGGUAUCAUUGUAUGUAACAUAGGCCAAUUAGGUGACAUGAUGUCUGAAACUAAAGCAAUACUUGCUCAGAACGACCUAGAUGUAAGACCCUAUGGACCAGAAGUUCGAGAAUAUUAUCCUAGUCUUGACUACAUAAUACCAGAGGAAGAAAUCAAAUUAAGAGAAGAUUGCCGUCAGCUCUGUGUGUUCAGUAUUGACCCUUUUAAUUGCCGGGAUAUUGAUGAUGCAAUGUCAUGUAAAGAACUUGAGGAUGGUAAUUUUGAAGUUGGUGUGCACAUCUCUGAUGUAGCUCACUUUCUUAAAGCAGACACUAUUCUUGACAAGAAAGUUGCACUUAAAGCAACUACCAUAUAUUUAGUUGAAAAAGCAUAUCAUAUGUUACCUGAUGAAUUGUGUACACUUUGUUCUUUACUUCCUGGCAUUGAUAAGCUAGCAUUUUCUGUUUUUUGGGUAAUGACUAAAGAUGCUCAAGUUUUAAGUCACAGGUUUGCAAAAACUGUUAUCCGAUCAUGUAGCCAAUUGGCAUAUGAACAUGCACAAGCUAUUCUAGAGGAUCACAAAGAUGCAGAAGAUAUAUUACCAGAAACAUACAAUGGUUUUAAUUACAAAGAUAUAUCAAAGACAACUAAGAUAUUAGGAGAGUUGUCUGCCAUUUUACGAAAAAACAGAUUUGAAAGCGGUGCAUUGAGAAUAGAUCAACCAAAAAUAUCUUUUCGUUUAAAUCCUUCUAGCGGACUCCCUGAGUCAUUUAAUAUUUAUGUAAGCCAAAGAAGUCACCAACUUAUUGAAGAAUUUAUGCUUCUUGCCAACAUGACCGUUGCUAAUAGAAUACAUGAUGAUCAUCCAGAUAUAGCCUUUUUGAGAUGCCAUCCACCACCAAGUUCCUACAUGAUGAGACAGCUUGCUAAAUCUCUUGAACCUAUGGGUAUAAACCUUGACAUUAGUUCAGCAGGGGAUUUAUACCGUUCUUUAUUACCAUAUGUGGGGCCGGAAAAUACAGAUGUUGGCAAGGCAAUGGUAUUGAAUAUGUUGUGUGCGAAACCAAUGACUAGAGCAAAAUAUUUCUGUGCUGGUGCUUGUGAUGAAGAUGGUUUCCAACAUUAUGCACUGAAUGUACCUCUUUAUACUCAUUUUACAAGUCCAAUUAGAAGAUAUGCUGAUGUCAUGGUUCACAGAUUAUUGGCUGCAAGUCUAAAAUACAGGGAAAUACCAAGAUGGAGUAUUGAUAAAGUUCGUUCAAUAGCAGCACAAUGCAACAAACAAAAAUAUAAUGCCAAGAAGGCUGCUGAAUUGUCUACUGAAUUAUAUACAUUGAAAUAUAUAGAGAUGAAUUCACCCCUUGAAAUGGAAGCUGCAGUAGUAGAAAUUAAAGAGAAAUACAUUGAUGUUAUCAUAGUGGCUAUGGGCCUAAAUCGCAGGAUAUUUUUUAAUAAUGACUUUCCUGGUGAAUACAGGUGCAUUAAAAACGAAGGUGGUGACAAACUUUCCAAAAUGGAAUUAACAUGGCAUGCAACAGGAGAUUUGCCAAAAUUAAAGCAAGUAAUAGAAGUAUUUUCUAUUCUGAAAACUGAACUGCACAAAGGAGAGGACAUUUUAAAAGUGGAAACUAAGCUCAAGAGACCUCAAUGAAUGGCCCUUGUGUCUGGUUAUUGAUAAGGCAGGCAUGCUUGCUGCCAUAGUAGAUUGUCAUAGAUCUGCUAUGAUAUACUUAGAUGAAUUUUUGGGUUAGUGCCUACCUUCAAAUGUAUUAUUUGUUUUAACUGGUGUGUGAUUAAUAAAUAGAUUAUUAGAAAUAUUUUUUAAAAUGUACAAAAAGUCAAUUUUCAACUUUUAUUUUUUGUAUACUGACUAUCUUUAUCUACGUCGAAUGUAGUAGUUUUUAUUCUGUGAUUUUUGUAAGUUGACAUGCAUGGAAAUAAUUUUAGGUGUAUACUACUAUUUUUAUUAUUUAUAUUUGUGUUUUAAAUGAAACAAUUUUACAAA